AUGGCUAACACAAGCAAUUCUGGUGAAAGCAACAAGCCCUUGCUUCAAGACGAUGCCUUAAUUGCCUCUGCAGUAAAACUGGCAUUACUUGGGCUUAUCACAGCAGCUGGUUUGUUUGGAAACAUGCUGAUCUUGCUUUUAGUGAUCAAUGAACGCUGUCUGCAAAAAGCAGCAUAUUGUUUUCUCUUAGAUCUUUGCAUGGGUGACAUGGCACGCUCAGCAUCAUGCUUUCCCAUUAUGGUGGCGUCAGUAGCUCAUGGCCCUGUGUGGACUUACAACACCAAGACCUGCACAGUCAUGGACUUUCUGUCUAUUCUCUUCUUCUUUCAUGCUACGUUUACAUUGUUUGGAGUGAGUCUGACACGUUACAUGGCUAUAGCACACCACCGUUUCUAUGCCAAGCGUGUUACCCCAUGGACGUGUGCUACUAUAAUUGGAGUUUCAUGAAUUUUGGCUGCGGCCAUGGCCCUUACGUCACUGUUUGACAUGGAUACAAACAGAAUCAUGCAUGAGAAGCAGCGGUGCAUGUUUGAGCAGCACUAUACAAGGACCAACAACACACUAGGCUUCACACUAAUGCUUGCUGUGGUUGUGGGCACGACACAUGCAGUGUAUAUCAAGAUGAUUUGCUUCGUGCAUGACCACCGCAAAAUGAAGCCAGUAAUCCCAGCCGUCAGCCACGACUGGACUUUUUAUGGACCCGGGGCAACAGGCCAAGCAGCUGCCAAUUGGAUUGCUGGAUUUGGACGUGGCCCAACACACCCACCCACACUAGUUGGGAUUAGACAGGAGGCGCAUGGUGCCAGCAGACGUCUGCUCGACUUAGAUGAGUUUAAGAUGGAGAAGCGUAUUAGCAAAAUGUAUUUCCUGCUACUUUGGGCACCAUACAUUGUAUUAUGCUACAUUCCAAUGUUAGCUAAAAGAACAGACAUGGUGGAGACUUAUGUGAGUGCCACAGUGUGGCUUACAGUUGCCCAGGCAGCUGUCAAUCCACUAAUCUGCUUUGUUUUUAACAGGGAGCUAAGGACACAAUGCCGAGCUUGCUUCUUUUGCUGCUUAACAAAGGCUACACCAACACCCACAGAGCCAUAUUGUGCAAUCUAA